AUGAUGACUUCCCCGGACUCUCCACCUCUGGUCUCCCCUUCCCCGUGCCCUGCUCCCCCUCCAUCCCUCCCCUCCUCACCAGUUCCCUCCUCCCCAGCCCCUUCUUCCUCCUCCCUGCCUGCCCCACCCUCGCUGCCUCCCACGGGGGAGGUGAUGGUGCUGGCUCUGGGCAGGAAGAAGCAGAGGGUUCUGAUUGCUCUCUCCAUCCUGCCCAACCUCUUCCUAGCCUUCCUGCUCUCUUCCGACCCCCUCAUCACCCUCUCCCCGCCCCAUCACUGCCACCUGCCGGGGCCCUUACCAUCGCCUGAGGUGCUGAAUGCCUCCCUGCCCUGGGAGAAGGGGGAGAGGCAUGGGGACAGCGGGGGCCUGUCCCAGUGUAUGCAGUACGUCAACGGCAGCCAGUCAGCAAUAGUGGUAUGCAAGGCCGGCUGGGACUACAAUGUUACAGAAGGGCUCAGGAAAAACAUCGUUACUGAGUGGGACCUGGUGUGUGCUCAGUACUGGCUGGUCCCAGUGGAGGAAGUGUGUUUCAUCCUGGGCGUCCUAACUGGCUGUCUCGGCCUAGGCUAUGCUGCUGACAGGCUGGGCAGGUCCAAGACUCUGUUGACUUGUCUGACCCUGUCGGUGGUGUUUGGGGUGCUGGUGUGUGUCUCUCCGUACCCUUCCAUCUUCGUUGUCAUGCGUUUCUGUUUGGCGGCAGCUAGUGCGGGAGUCUACCUCAUUCUGUACAUCACUCGUCUGGAGCUGUGUGAACCGUCUCUGAGGCUGGUGGUGACCAUGCUGGCCGGCCUGAUGACUGUAGCCGGAGAGCUGCUGCUGCUGGCCGUUGCCCUGGGCUGCCAGUCCUGGAGGGGCCUGCUGGGAGCUGGCGCUGCCCCGCUAACACUCUUUCUCAGUUACGGCAUUCCCGGGGUGUUUCCAGAGUCUCCUCGCUGGCUCCUGAUGUCAGAGAGAUCUGCAGACAUGAACUCCUUCACGGAGAGAAGGAACUCCAACAGAGAUGUGAGGGACGACGAGAGCUUCACAGAGCUGGAUUCAGAGCCGGCCCCCUCCUCACGCCCUCACCUGUCCUUUCCUGAGCUCUUCCACAGCAGGAACAUCUGGAAGAACAUGUGUGUGCUCGGCUUCACCUCAUUCAUCUCUCACGGCAUUAGUCACUGUUACAGCUCUUUCCGAGGAGACGUCAGAGGCACGGCCCCCAGCUUCUAUUGGACCUACCUGCUGUCUGUGUGCGCCGGGGGUGGGGCCUGGCUGUUGCUCUGGGCGACCGUAGACAGGUGCGGCCGCCGUGGCAUCCUGCUCCUCGCCAUGACGAUGACGGGGCUGGCCUCUUUGAUCCUCCUGGGACUAAUGGAGUAUCUCAGUGAGACAGCCAUCACAGUUUUUUCAGUGCUGGGUCUCUUCUCCUCCCAGGCCACCGCCUCCCUCUGCAUCCUCUUCACUGCAGAGAUCAUGCCCACCGUCAUCAGGGGCAGUGGUGUGGGUGCGGUGCUGGCCCUGGGCUGCGUGGGCCGCCUCAGCUCCCCGCUCAUGGACCUGAGGAACCACUACGGUUACUUCCUUCACCACGUGGUCUACUCCUCUCUGGCCCUGCUGGCCGUGCUGUCCAUACUGCUGCUGCCUGAGAGCAAGAGGAAGCCGCUGCCCCAGACGCUGGCCGACGGUGAGCAGUACAGACGCCCCCCACUGGGCAGGAGGAGGAGGGACAAUGUGCCGCUGCUAGCCACGCCCAACCCAGAGACCUAAAAGACCCCUGAAAAAGAGGUCGGAAUGUGCUUCAACCACCGACUUUACAGCCAGACGAUUUACAUCCAUCGUGCUCGUGCAGAGGAAGAGAAAGAGACGAGGGCUGCACAGAUAAUUGUGGACGGACGAUGAAGGGCGGUGAUGAACGUGAUUACACCGUCUAAGCUUCCUAACAUAUCAUCCUCUAGUCAUUCCAAACGCAGGCGGUGGGGUCGAGCCACUCGUCUUCACCAUUCUCUAUUUCCUGCCAUUCAGUUGUGUGACGCACGAUGUUCAGAGACACAUGGAGGGCAUUCUACAUCUUCAUCUCCUACUGAUUAGACGGCACCCCCCCCCCACACACACACCCACAAACACACCACCACCAUGUGACACACCAGCAUACCCUGUUGCACGCCGUCGUCCUGUGCGUCUGUCAUAGAGAUGUUUGCUGCUUACUACCGACACUCCAGACCAGAUGUGGGUCAGAGAGUAGUUAAUAGUAGUAAUUAUUCCUAGCAUUUGUCUUAACCUGCAUAGAAAGUCUUUUGUCGUGUUUGCUGUGUACGACGACACUAGAAGUGCUUGAAGAAGGUGUGCAAAAUCAAAGCAAAGUCAGCUUUGUAUACCUCUAUUCUGUGGCGGACCACAGUUCUCGAACAUUUGUUGCAAGACUCAAUGGAGUGUGGAUGCCUUGUAAAUACUCUUAACUUAGUUUCUUUAACUUCUAAGGGCAUCUGAGUUUAGCUAAAGCUGACCCUGUGGCUGAAAACUACAGAACAGUAUGCAUUGCAGAGGACAAGCGCUAAAAAGCACUUUUAAAGAUUCUUUUUAAAGACGAUGGUGGUUAACAUGCCCCAAAUCUUCAAAAUGUAUGGACAGUUUUAUUAGCGUCAAUAAACUAUUAUCGGUAUUGGAAUCAGAGGCAAAAAAAAAGAAAAAGG